CUCCUCUCUCAAAGGACAGUUUCUUCUCAGCAAGUGCAGAAAGAGUGCUGAACUUUCCAGCCCCGAUGAAAGCGGCAGAUAAAGACGUUUUAUCAUAGAAAAUUCGCCUUCUUAACUUUGUAGCUGAGCUGUUUCCUACAGCUGAAAUUCCAGGUUUUGAAUAUUUAUUGGAAAGUUAAGUGUAGAGUCGAAACGUCGUUCUGGGCCUUAGAGAUUAGAUUUUUAAACAAGUUCUACAUAAAUCUGAGGAGGUUUUUUUUUAAAUUAAACAGUUUUUGAUCAGAAUAUUUUGGGGAACGUGAAGAAAUUGCAGAUAUUUAAAGAAAGCAUUUUCCUCUAAUAUUUGUGUUUUAUUCUGUUUAGAACCGGUGUACAAUCGACUCAAGGUUCUUCCGCAGAAAGAGAGCAUUUUGUGUACAUCAGAAACUUGUGCGCACUGUGACUUAUAGACAGAGAUAACACAUUGUCUGGGUACGGUUUCCGACAAAAAGAACCAUGGAUUAAUAAGUCAGUUUUGACGUUAUACAUCCCGAUUGCCAGUUGCGUGGACUACUUUGACUGCUGAAGGACAUCCGAGACCUACGAGAGGCAAAGUCAACCAUGGCUGUGACGGUGCCAAGAGUUUUCAUGGCUGUCACCGCCCUCUGGUGUUUCUCGGUGGAGGGAACCCCCGUCAGCGUCAUGCACGGCGACCUUUGCAGGAAGAUGAACGGAAGAAAGUACUACCUUGAGGCCGACACGCACGCCAUCAUCACCGCCACGAACGUCACCUUGCCCACCUUCCCAGAUAUCGCGCUUCAGCAGGGCAACAAGAACUCUGCAUCCUUUCAUCAUGCUCCCAGGAGACACAGGAGAGAAGGUCCCCAAGAAAUCGGGGUCAUCAUGGAGCCUCGAUACCGGCGUAACAUCACUUCCAUCACGCUCACAUCCUUGGGCGGGAACAUCCUGACUGCGCCCACGUCGUCGUUCGUAACGCCUCCUGAGUCGACGCGCAUCCUUACCCCUCUGCGAACUCCCACUCUGGAGGAACAUGUUUCUCCCCAAGAAUCACCUAGUCCUGCUUCUCCUGAGGGAAGUCUUCCAACUUCAUCUCCUCUCUUGGUAAAGGAAACUGAAGAUCUGGAAGUGGCCCCAGAGGUGACCACUACGCUGACCCAGCCGCUGAAGUGUGGCGUUGAGAUCCUGACCCGACCCGACUGCCAUCUUGAGCUGACGUUUGAAAAAGUCAACCUCCCUUCCUGUUCUCACGAUAAAUCUUGCAGAUGUGACUACCUCCGCCUUAGGGAGCCUCCAUACAGAGGCAACGGAGGACUGGACAUCUGUUCGAUGGGUGACGAGACGCCCGAAGCAUUCACCUCGCUGACGAAGGAGGUCCGGAUGGAUUUCCUGUAUACCAGGGGCUACGAAGAUGCCCUCGCCAUUGGCAUCACUGCCAAACGAAACAUGUAUCGCAUCAUCGGGAAGAUGAACAGCACCGUAGGAAAUAUAAGGUCGCCUUUCUUCCCCGAGCUUUACCCCAAGGAACACUGGAUGGAGUAUGACCUCGUGGCCAAGGAAGAGAAGGCUCGAAUCAAGGUCACCUUCCUUGAUUUUCAACUUUCACCUUGGAGUUUCGUUGAGAUUCAAGACACAAACAAUACGCGCCUGGCCGUCUUCAACGGGAACCUCUUCCGUCCCCCAGUCCUGAUUUCGUCUGGGCCACAAAUCACUGUGAGAUUCAGCGGCAAUGGCGAAACGGCUCGCGGAUUUAACCUGGAAUAUACGUUCAUUGACGCAGAAAGUAAUGCCAUGGUUCCACCAAUAACAGACUGUGGAGGAUACGUCACCAACUUCGGCGGGACGAUCACAAUGAUGAAUAUGUCUAAAGACUCGAACUACACCAUGUACGACUGCGUGUGGAUUGUCCAGCCUCCACAGAACUAUGCCUUCAAGUCACAUCUGUCCAUCAAGGUCGUCCAGUUCGAGCAGAUGGCCUCGGCUACCACUCUUGAGAUAAGACAAGGAGUGACGAGCGAUGACUACUUGUUGGAAAAGAUCGAGGGAGGAGACCUAAAGCGGACCCAGGAACAUGUGGUUGCAGUGGACACUGGAUUCUAUGUCAGACUGAGAGGGUUCUUCAACAAGGACUCCAAACUGGCAAUAGUCUACUCAUCCUUCAGCUACCUGGGUAGCUGUUACUCCAUGACCGACCUGAUGUGUCACAACCACAGGUGCAUCCCCAAGAUGCUCAGGUGUGAUGGAUUUGACCAUUGUGGCGACAACAGCGACGAACCUACUUCGUGCUACGUAGGAGCCGGUUCCAAAGGGCUGACCCCAGAGGAUGCUGCGUGGUGGUACCAACACACCCCUAAUUACUACUUCCCGCCAAAAUCUUCCUUCCUAGGAGGUCAACAUGGAUGGUCUGGUGUCCUGCUUCUAACCUCACUCAUAAUUAUGGUGAUACUGAUGGUUGCUCUCAUCUCGUACAUGUUCAAGCAAAGCGCGGACAGAGUUGGAAGAGAGAGGCGUCACGGACUGCAUAGCCGCCGAGGAUCAAUAAGUGAUGAUGUUGAAAUAGUUGACGCUUCAGCCGAUGAUCCACCACUGUACGAACCUCCACCUGAUUAUGAGGAAGUUAUAAAAGUGAUCUUAUCAGGAAAUAACCUUAAGCUUGUUAGGCGACCUGGAGGCCUAACGGCAUGGGUGCCUGAUAAACUUGUUGAUGGAGGCAGUGAGAGCAACAACCAACCAAAGUCGGAUAGACCAGUGAGGACACGUCAUGCCUCCUUGGAUCUUGAGCGAGGAAUGGAAGUUGUGCUUUGGAACUCAAACUCUGGUGUUCCUCCAAGAAACACAACCACCAAUGCAGUCACAGUAGACACUGAAAGUGGAUCCCCAUCAGCUCCCCGCCAAGUCAUUCCAUUCCAUGUUGGGCAUAUUCGAAGAUCAUCCCUUCCUACAGCACCAACACCAGAGACAAUGCACCAUCAAGUCCAGGGUCAUAGUGUUAGCAUCGCCCCUGAAACUAUACCAGAGGGGCCUGAAAGCCUAGAGUCACCACGACCUCCCAUUCGCCAUGUACAUACACUUAGCUCUCCUCAGAUUUCAAUAAGGUCAUUCAAUUAUGAUACAUCAGCAGUGUCAACACCAGGGCCAAGUACUCCAAAGCCUUUGCAGUUAUCAAAUAGGAUGAGGAAAAGCAAAAAAGGGGCAAAGAAGGGAGGAAAAAGGAAAAAAUCAUCUGCCGUUAAGAAGCCGGAGCGACAAGCAAUGAAAGAUGAUUCAGCUCCUCCAUCUUAUGAAGAUGCAAUGCAGCAAGUUAUCAAUAGAGAGUCUCACUCUCCCAUGCUUUCAGGAGAUGGAAACUUGAGCAGUGACACUGCAAGCCAUGUAAAUGAAAGCACACAAACUAGUUUGGAUCAAGGUAUGAUAAUUGACGCAGAAGAUCUUUCACCAACAGACAGAGUUCAUGCUGCUAGAGAAUUGUUUCAGAAGCUUUCUAAUGGGCAACAAAAACCUGGAAGUACAGUUCGUGAACUUCAUGGGAAUUAUCACAUUGCAAAACGUCCAGCAGUACAGGUCAAUAAAACUAGGCACCUUAAGAAUACAACUUCUGGAGGAACAAUUAGCCGAGGUACUGUUAAAGCUCGGAAGGCAAUGUUGUUGAAGUCUCAGAACCUAAGACGAGACUGUGAAUGCAAUGGAGCCUGUUCUUGUGCUCACUUCAAGGCAGAAAGUCCUGCAGAGGAGACUCCUGCUAAAGGGGGGGUCAAGUCUAAAGUGCAGUAUUAUCUUAAAAUUGAAGAGGGUACUAAGAAGAGGGACUAUGAUUCAUCCAUUGAAAAGUCUCCUGUAGAACAAGAACUUGAGACUACUAAUGAAGAUCCAACAAACCUACUUGCCACAGGUACAACUCAGAAAAAGAAAAAAUUGGUUAGAAAUAAAUCUGCACCAACAAUUGGUCGAAUCCGGGACCUAGAUUUAGAUAUUUAUUUCUCACAGAAUGAGGAAAUAUCUGGAACAGAAACACCUUCGCCAAGUGAAGACAUGGAGCGGCCUCUUAUUACUCCUGUCAAUGAUGCAUCAAGACCAGUCUUUAUUGUGCCUAUGAAUUCAUCUAAUGGAGAUGGAUCACCCAAGCAAGAUAAAAUGCAGAGUAUCCAGAGUCGAGUAAAGCAUUAUAAUGAUCUUACAAGACCCAAAAGCCCAUCUGUACCACCUCGCACACCUUCACCUCUAAAUUCACCAAUACAGUGUAUGAAAUUGAGUCAUUUUCUUCGGUCAGCCUCAGAUGAGUCUUUAGAUGAGAAUGAUGGUGUAAUGGUUAGUAUGCGCAGCGUGAAGAAUGCUGUACGUGAUGCCAAUAUCAAACCUGGAUUGGUUAGAGAAGCUACUGCCAAAUUCAUAACAACACUAGCAACAGAUAUUCAUCCUAAAUUAUGUUCUCAGAACUCAGAGGAGUGGAAUACAAGUGAAGAUUCCCCUCUCCCAAUCAGAAUUCCUUACCUCAACUUACAAAAUGAAACUCCAAGCUCUCCGGAAAUAAGUGAUUCUGACGGGCUCAAUAUACCUCCUUUGAAAAGAGAAGAAGCAGAAUCCAUUGAGCUCUGGGAUUCAAUAUCUCAGGGAAUAUCUGAAACAGAAGGCUUUGCAAUAGAGGCCAGUGGAGAUUUGCCACCUGUUUCUUCAGGGGCAGUGCCUAAGAAGUCUGCUGGUGAAGUUACAAUCAAAUUGAGAAAAAAGACUACUUCUAACACAGAAAAUCAAAAUAAAGAUACCAAGUUCUUGCUGGAAGAGAAAAAAGAGGAAAAAACUGAUACUGAAAGAAGCAUAAACCGAUCAUCCCCAGAAUCUUCUGUGAAGGUAAUAGAAACAAGUAAUAAAGUUGACUGUAUAAAGCCUAGUUCAGACACUCCCACUCUAAUCCUUGAGGAAGUUAACCUUGGUCCAAGAAUCUCUGGCUACGAAAGUAGCUCAGAUGACGAAUCAUUGCCAUCAUCACCAAGUUUUAUACAAAAACCAAAUGAAAAGUUGAAUGAAACUUUUGAUUCAGAAGUUGAUAUUGACGUUUUUUCAAAGCCAUCUGAACAAGGAAUUACAGUCACAUCUCCAUCUAAAUCUGAUUCUCAAAGCUCAGUUCCCAAAAGGGCAGAGAAUACAAGGAAAAUUCCUAUUCCCUCACCACGAGGGUCAAAGAUCUCGUUAGCAAAGGCGUCCUUAGAACCUCAGAUAGCAUCUCCAACUGACACAGAAUCUCCUCUAGAACCUUCCUCGAAAGAAGAACUAACUUCAGCACCAGCAUCUCCAGUCCCUCAGCAUUCGAGUGCUGUCCUAAAAGAAGAAGCGGCUUCAUCUUCAACACAAGUGGUUACUGAUUUGGCCACUCAGAUGGAACACAGUGGAAUUGUCACUAUAAACAGCAACAAUGGAUCGAAGCGGGAUUAUAUUUAAAAAAAAAUAUUUUAUUUGACAUGGCAAUAUUGCCAUGUUUGUCAGGUAGCUUACCCACACACACACACACACAUAUAUAUACGUAUAUAUAUUUGAUAUAUAAUGUUUUCUGUUUCUACGAGAUCCUUGAUUCAAUAUGCUCUGGUUAUAAAUCCUAUAUGGAUUGUAAGACAUAACAGUUGCCAUGUAAUGAUAACUAUUUUAGAAAGAAAAAUACCGUAGCAUAUCGUAGUGAUUUAAUUUAGUGGAAUUUUCAUGAAUGGAUUAAAUCUUAUAAUCCUCCACGGCAAAAUCAAGUCGGAUUCUUGUCAUGAGUCGUAAAACACAUGAAUGUGUGUAGAUGGCAAGUUUGUUACUGCUUAGAUAAUGGAUAUGGUUUGUGGAGCUGAGGCAGAAUGGAAUUUCCUGCUUUAUAUCUCGGGUCCAAGUAUUUACCUUCCAUAAUAUUGAUAAGUAAAUGUAGUUCUUAUGCUAAACACAUUCAGAAGUCCCCAUCUAUAUUAUUAAUAUAAGCACAGUGCAAACCUGCAAGUAGUUUCUCGGCUUUAUGAAGACAGUAUGCUAUAGACUACUGCGAGGCGCAUAGCUGCUCAGGGUGGUAUUAAAUUCUUCGUGGCAAUAAUUGAAUACUAAGGGGCUGUAAUUCACCAAUUAAAACACACUAAGUAUGUGCAUUUGUUCUCCAAGAUUAUUUUUUGUGUACAUGUGUGUACUCAUUUCAUGCAGAUAUUUAAUGACCAGAUAUUAUUCUUAUGACCUUGCUGAAUUCCCAGGAAAUUACAAAAAGUCAAAUGUAAGCUUUUAUAUAUAUAUAUAUA